CUUCUCUUCCUUCUGAGCCUUCACUUGAAGCAGUUUCUGGAAUCACCGGCAACGGCUGAGCCUGCCCACUGCCAAGAUGAUCCUGACACUGCUGCUCAGCCUCGGGGGGCCCCUGGGCUGGGGGCUGCUGGGGGCCUCGGCCCAGGCCCCUGGUCCCAAGUUCUCUGACCCACACAGCCCCGGGCUGCCUGGGGUCUGGAUGUCAGAGGCUGAGGACAUCGGCAGCGACCGACGUAACUGGUGCCCCUACCAGAAGUCCAGGCUGGUCACCUUCAUAGCUGCUUGCAAAACGGAGAAAUUCCUCAUUCACUCACAGCAGCCAUGCCUGCAGGGAGCUUCGGACUGCCAGAGAGUCAAAGUCAUGUACCGCAUAGCCCACAAGCCGGUGUACCAGGUCAAACAGAAGGUGCUGGCCUCCGUGGUCUGGAGGUGCUGCCCGGGCUUUGCUGGCUCUGACUGCCAGCACCAUGAUCCCACUGCGACCCCUGAGCCCGCAGAUCCGGGUGACAGCCUCCAGGAGCACUGGGCCGGGCCGGCUGACGUGGAACCUGUCUCGGUGCCCUAUGGUCCGCCCGGGCAGUUAGCCCUCAGUACGUCUUUCUCACGUGUCCUCCAACCACCAGCUGCAGAGACCAGCGACAUCAGGGUGCGGCAGGAACGCCUGCUGAGAGGUCUCCAGAAUGACAUCCACCACCCGGCCGACAGCCUCCCGGGCCCGGGGACGGCCCCGGCAAGCAACCUCACAGCUGCAGUGACUGAGGCACAUGAGGAGGCGCUUGAGUUUCCCGGCAAGUCCUUGGAGCAGGUGCUGCCUUUCAGCCCCGUUUGGAGCGGCUUUAACCAGAGCCUGCACAGCCUCUUGGAGGCCGUCAGAAACCUCUCUCUUGAUGUGGAGGCCAACCGACAGGCCAUCGGCAUGGUCCAGGACAGCGCCGUGCCCAGGGCUGACUUCCAGGAGCUUGGAGCCAAGUUCGAGACCAAGGUCCAGGAGAACAGCCAGAGAGUGGGCCAGCUGCAGCAGGACGUGGAGGACCGCCUGCACGCCCAGCAUCUCUCCCUGCAGCAUUCGCUUUCCGAGGUCCAGGCGGACGUGGACACCAAGUUGAAGAGGCUCCUUAAGGCCCAGGAGCACCUGUCCAAUAGCAGCCUGGCGGCAGCCGCGGCAGGAGCAGGAGCCCGGCCCGAGCCGGAGAGCCNNCAGGCCCGGCUGAGCCAGCUGCAGAGGAACGUCUCGGCGCUGCACCUGGCCGCCAGCCACAGGGAAGAGGCGCUGCAGGGCACCCUGGCGGACAUGCAGGCGACCCUCGACCGGCACGUGGAAGAGAUCAAGGAGUUGUAUUCCGAAUCGGACGAGACCUUCGAUCAGAUCAGCGCGGUGGAGCAGCAGAUGGAGAAGCUGCAGGGAACCCAGCAGGAGCUGCGGGAGCUGCGCGUGGCCCUGAUGGAGAAGUCGCUCAUCGUGGAGGAGAACAAGGUGGACACGGACCGGCAGCUCCUGGAGCUCAACCUCACCCUCCAGCAUCUGCAGGGCGGCCUCGCCGACCUCAUCAAGUACGUCACCGACUGCAACUGCCAGAAGCCCCCCGGGGGCCCGGACGGUACCCAGGAGGGCUCCCUGCAGGGCCUGCACGGGGCCGUCUCCACCGCCCAGCUCGGCCUGCAGCGGCACCAGCAGCUCUUCCACAGCCUCUUUGCGAAUUUCCAAGGGCUCGUGGCAGCCAACGUCAGCCUAGACCUGGGGAAGCUGCAGGCCAUGCUGGGCAGGAAAGAGAGGAAGGAGCACAAGGCCCUCGACGCUUCCCGGAGGAGGGACAAGAAGCAGGUGGGACCUUUGGCCGAUGCCCACGUCCAGGGGCCGGUGCCACGAGCCCUGGGAGCCGAGCCUCAGGAGGCAGGCUCCCCCGUGGCCUUCUAUGCCGGCUUUUCAGGAGGGAUGGCUGCGCCGCAGACCGUGAAGUUCGACGCUGCUCACAUCAACGUUGGCAGCAGCUACUUCGCUGAAGAUGGCUACUUCCGAGCCCCUGAGCGCGGGGUCUACCUGUUUGCAGUGAGCAUUGAAUUUGGCCCAGGGCCAGGCGCUGGGCAGCUGGUAUUUGGAGGUCACCAUCGGACCCCCAUCGGCGCCGCUGAGGAGCAGAGGGGUGGAGGCACGGCCACUGCCUUCGCUAUGGCCGAGCUGCAGAAGGGUGAGAGAGUGUGGGUCGAGUUAACCCAGGGCUCAGUGCGGAAGAGAAGCCCGCCAGGCACCGCAUUCGGGGGUUUCCUGCUAUUCAAGACCUGAGCCCUGGGCACAGCCGACCAUUCUCCGGGACUUGCCCGGCUCUCCUUGCCCUGGGCUCUGACCAGGUGGCCGGGAGACCAUCCAGGUUGGUCUAGCUCUUCCCUGGAAACCCGCAAAGACAAUGGCUUCCCUCUGGAUGCUGCUCCCUGGGCCGGCCCGGGCUGGGCAGGAAGCUGGGCCUGGUGGGCCUUCCAUCUGAGGCAGCGUGGCUGGACUCCAGCUCUUGGCCGCCCGUCUUCUCCAGUGUCUGCUGUUUUGCUCCUUGUGGUUGAAAACCUCUGUACAACACUAACCUUUCUCCGGCUUCCUCGUGUCCCUAGUCCCUGCUAGAAAAGCAUUCUUUCCCAGAGAGAAUUGGGGAACUAGAAUAGAGGUGGCAUUUUGGACUAUCCGGGAAACCAGGCUCCAGUCACUGCCGGCAGGAGAAGACCAGCCGGUUAGGUCUGUCAGUCAGAAAUGAAAACUGGUCGAGUUUAGGCGAAGGAAACACAAUUAGUAUCUUUUCCGUAGUCUCAGUCCUUCCUCGAAUGUACCUGUAACUUUAACUUCACCCCCUUUUCUCCUUGCCGCACACGGGACAAAGGCCACGUGCGAACUGCGAGCUAAAAUGUGUGUAGCUUUCACCCUUUCACGCUCUCCCACGCCUGACCACCCUCAUUCUGAUUAGCAUCUCUAUCAGGAAGGGAGCUGAGGGAUGAGGAGGGAAGACGACUAAAAGUCUCCCUCAAUUUCAUCAUCUUUGGAAUCAAGCAGCAAGCUCUGCCCGGUGAACUGAUGGCGGGAAGGAUGUGACGAGGGGUGGAAAUGUGGGGCAAAAUAAAACUGUUUGCGAUAA